AUGAGCAUAGCUUUUGAGAAGUUCGAGUCCGGAGGCCUUCUUCAUCAGGCUGGCGGCUUGCGUAGCCUCCUGCUGGGCCUCUCGGUAGGUCUGGCUCUUCUGCUUUUCGGGUUGGUCGUGUUCGGCAUCGUGUGCCAGCGGAGUCGCCGCCGCCGCCGCGACAAGUUGUGCCGGCGAGCCGCCCAGCCGCCAAUGGGCCCUGGGCUCGGCGCGGGACUCGGACCCGGCCUCGUGACUACGAGAAAGCAGGCAGCCGCGGCCACCGCCUCGGUCGCCUGGCGCUGGGGACCCGAGUGUCCCGGCACCAUCUUCAACGGCGGCUUCCUCGAAGCCGAGGCUUCGAUGGGACACUUCUCCGGCAUCCUCGGCCCGGCCUCGGGAUCCGGCGGUUUCGACGUCGGCGUCGGCCCGACCGGCUCGAGCCCCGGCAGGUCGACCCAGUUGGCCGGCCUGGCGCAUUCGCUCAACGGCUCGGCUUGCGAGGCCCGCGAUGUUCGCUUGCUCGGAGGCCUGACGUCCGAGUCCGUCUCGCGAAACGCUGCACUCUCGGUCGCCUCGACGGGACAGACUCAAAGUCUCCUCGGGCCCGGCAGCAGCCUGUUGACCUACGGACCGGCGGACCGGUUGUCCGGCCGACCCAGCGACUCCGGCCUCCCCGACGGGCAGAUGAGUCCGCCGAGCGUCUGCCCGACGUUGAGCAGCCUGACGGUCGGGCCAAGUCAGGCGUGCAGUUGCCGAGGCUGUCUGACCGAGCCGACGGAUCGUCUUCACUCCGCUCUGUCCAAUCCACUCGCACACACACACACUCACACACACGUACACACACACGCACGCGCACAAGCACAUGCACACACACACUUGCAUCAGCUGAAUAACGUGAAUUCACACAAUCACCACCAACAUCAGCAUCAGCAUCAGCAUCGACAGUAUCAUCUGCCACCACCGCAGCAUCAACCGUGCUCGGCCGGUCUGGCCGCGCACCAACCGGUACCGACGCCUCUCUGGCACCAGCUGCCCUCGCCCCACAUGCAAUCCGGCCACUAUGACCAUUGGUCUCGGUUGUCACGACAACACGUGGCCGGAUUUGCUGACGGUCUCUCCUGCGCCUGCCAGGUCGACGACUCGCUGGCCUGUCCGGACCUCGAGUCGACCAGCAGCGGUUACCAUCAAGCCGGACCGGGCGGCAGCAACGAGACCGGCCGAUCGGCCAGUCCGGACCGGCAAGCCGCAAACCCAGACCCGGCCUAUGGCAUGCAUGCAGUGCAAAUGAUGACAAACGUAAGUUGGAGACUCGCAUUGGUAUCAAGUCGUCGUGUUUGA